CUCAAGUAUUGUUGUGUCUACUGACAAUAUGAAUAUGAAGCCCUUUAUCUUCUUAUGUUCUCUUUCUGUUGUGGUUCUAAUUUCUGUAGUGUCAGCUGACAAGCUAACCGAAGAUGAAAUCAGAGCUGCUCGUGGAAUUCAUGCAAGUCUUGUGGGGUGUGUUAGAAAACAAGAAAAUCUUGUAAAUGGUGAGAUGUUGAACAUGGAAGCUUAUCAUACAAACUGCAAAGGAAAUACAGGAGGCAGUGGCGAAUAUGGUGGCAGUGGAUCUAGUGGUGGCAGUUCGGGCGGUGGCGUUGGUGGUGGCGGAGGCGGAAGUGGUGGAAGUGGAGGAGGAGGUUAUAGUGGUGGUGGAAGUUCGGGCGGUGGCGGUGGCGGAGGCAGUGGUGGUGGUGGAAGUGUAGGAGGGAGUUAUGGUGGUGGUGGUAGUGGAGGAGUUGGUGGUGGAAGUGGCGGAGGUGGUAGUGAAGGUGGUGGAAGUGGUGGAGGUGGUUAUGGUGGGGGUGGAGGAAGUGGUGGUGGAAGCGGGGGAGGUGGUAGUGAGGGUGGAGGAAGUGGUGGUAGUGGAGGUGGUUACGGCGAUGGUGGAAGUGAAAGUGGUGGUGGAAGUGCAGGAGGUAGUGGUGAAGGUGGAGGAAGCAGUGGAAGCGGUGGUAGUGAAGGCGGAGGAAUUGGUGGAGGAGGUUAUGGUGGCGGAGGAAGCGGUGGUGGUGGCGGUGGAAGUGGAGGAAGUGGGGGAGGUGGUGGAAGCGGUGGAAGUGGUGGCGGAAGCGAAGUUGGAAGUGGCGGAGGUGGUUAUGGCAAUGGUGGAAGCGGAGGAAGUGGUGGUGGAAGUGGGGGAAGUGAUGGAGGAAGUGGCGGUGGAAGCGAAGGAGGAAGUGGUGGAAGCGGAGGAGGAGGUUACAACGGUGGUGGAAGUGGAGGAGGAGGUGGAGGUGGAAGCGGUGGUGAAGGUGGUGGAAGCGGAGCAGGAGGUUCUGAGGGUGGUUGUAGUGGAGGAGGAGGUGGUGGAGGUGGAAGCGGAGGAGGAAGUGGCGGGGGAGGUUAUGGGGGAAAUGAUAAUCACAAAGUAUCUAGCGGCCACCAUCGUCACCAUGGCCAUAAAGGAGGUGGUGGAAAAGGAGAAGGGGGAGGACAUUGAAGACUUGAUAAUGAAGUAUAUGUCAAUCAGAAUAAAGGAAAAAAAUCGAGCGGUUAAUGUGGAACCAAAAUUCAGGCUUCAAUAUAUUGUCACUAGUUAUUUACCAAACGUAAAUGUAGCUUUGGAUGCAUUAAAGUAAUGAAAUAAUUGGUUUCAUUGUUUUAUUUAUAUUUUAUGUUGAAUAUCUUUAAAGAAAUAAAAUAAUGAGGUUAUGUCCAUGUU